AUGGCUCACACCUCGGAGAGCUUUGAUUACUCAUCUCUUCGCAGAUUUUUGAAAGUAAGCGACAACCGUCCAGCGCCGACUGAAGCGGGCGCUGAACACGACGCUACCUGGCGACAGGCCAUCUAUGAAAAGGUCUUACAACCUACUGACGUCCAAUGCGAAGCCGGAGACCUGACUCCCGCUAAUCUCCUGGGCCUACCGUCCCCCCGGCCCGGCAAGAGGAGUAAGGAGGAGCUACGGCUGCUGUGGAAGAUGGCCAUCGACCAGACUGUACUCCUGGUCAGGAUGGAGAGGGAAAACGCCAAGUUGAAGAAAAGCGAAGAAACCUCAGCAGUGCGUCGUAUAAAGCUGGAAUACGUGGAGCUAGGCGCAUGUGACACCGGCGUCGCGUCCAUGUGGGACUCGCUCCUGGCGUCCAGGGACCGCUCACAACCUGUGGCUAAAGUUGAUAGACAUAUGUUGACACAGGCUGUCAUACAAGGGGUCCCUCGCAUGAGCCGCGGCCUGGUGUGGUACUUCCUCGCCGAGCAGGCCUGUCUGCGCUCCCCCCCUCCGGACCCUAAGCAGUACCCGCGCUACCAGACCCCCUACAAGACCUUAUUAGCCGGUCUGACGAAGCAUCAGCACGCCAUACUUAUAGACUUGGGCCACGUGCUCCAAAAUUUCGUAAAAUAG